AAUCUCUUCUCUUUAUCGUGACUCACUCUUCUUCAUAUAAAUCCGUCUGUUUCAUGAUAGAGAGAUAAGGAGAUUGAAUUAAUCCAUAACUAUGGAGAUAACAACAACCUUCUCUGUUUGGUUUAUUCUUAUGAUUUUCUUAGGAAUCUCUAUAAAUGGAGGUUUGUCUCAAGGACAACAACAUAUUAUGAAGAAGACACGUUCUGUUGCGGUUGUGGUCGGAACUGUCUACUGCGACACUUGUUUCAACGGCGCCUUUUCAAAAUCACCCAACCACUUGAUCUCAGGUGCUGUAGUUGCAGUGGAAUGUAUCGACGAGAACUCAAACCCGAGUUUCAGACAAGAAGUGAAAACAGACGAGCACGGCGAAUUCAAAGCAAAGCUACCAUUCUCUAUAAGCAAACAUGUGAAGAAGAUCAAGAGAUGCUCCGUGAAGUUGCUAAGCAGCUCACAGCCUUACUGUUCUAUAGCAGCUUCCGCAACUUCUUCUUCUCUCAAACGCCUUAAAUCGAACAAACACGGAGAAACUACUCGAGUCUUCUCAGCAGGGUUCUUCACUUUCAAACCUGAGAACCAACCAGAGAUCUGUAGUCAAAAACCCAUCAAUCUCCGUGGAUCCAAGCCUCUUUUUCCGGAUCCUACUUUCCCUCCACCGAUCCAAGACCCGGUUCCGGAUAAUCCUCUUCCUAUUCUCCCAAUCCUUCCUCCUCUUCCGGACUUGCUUCCAACACUUCCUCCUCUUCUUCCAGGACCAUCGCAAAAAUCAGCUUCCUUGCAUCACAAGAAAGACAGUUCCUUGGGAGACAAGAAGACUGAAAUACUAAAACCUGAUUCCUUCUUACCUCCAAACCCGGUUAAGGCUCUCCUCCCUCCAAAUCCGCUAAACCCGCCUUCUAUCAUCCCUCCAAACCCGGUUACGCCUCUCCUCCCUCCAAUCCCGCUAAUUUCUUCUCCCCCAAGUCUUCCACCGUUUCAACCACCUUCUUCCACGUCACGCCCUCAUACUCGUCCACCUGUUCCGGUCAUAACUCCGCCUUCACAACCGUCACCUUCUUUCUCAGUUUCUCUCCCUCCCAUCAUCCCUGGAACCCCUCAGGCUUCAUCUUCCUUCUCUAGUCACCCUCAACCCUAGAUUUAAAAUGUAUUUCUAUAUGUAUCAUUAUCAUCUGUGUUAUUUUUUCCCCCUUGUUGGCUUGUUGUAAUUUCAAUAAAUAUUUUUAUUAAUGAGUUCUAAGAUUAUCA